ACUGUUCUGAUAUUUUACACGAUUUUUGCAAUAAUUCUAUGUUUUAUCCCUUUUUUGUAUUCAACACGUUUCGAUUCGAAUAAUUGGAAACGAAAUGACCUCAAAAUGGCUAACAUGUCCAAGUAGCACUUUUUUUCUUUUAAUUUGGCUUCAGAAUCUCAAGAACUGCUUAAGCCUGAACACAGUAGAAUUGCAGGAAAUGGAUUAUUUGGCUCAUAAUUUGUCUCCGGAAGAAUGCUUUCAAUUAUACAAUCUGCUUGAUCAUCGUCGUGACAAUAGGUGGUAAAAGUAAAAAAAAGUCAAUGGAUAACGACGUUUUUGGAGAUGAGAGGCUACAAAGAUCCACUUGCCCUACUGAAACAUCAGGGAAGAUGAGGAUUUUUUGGAAAGUCUUCGUCGUAGCAUUUAUAACCCUGAUUUUGUUCCUCUUCUGCAUUUUCUGCUGUCGCUACAUUUACGGAAAGCUGCGUUGCGUCUUUAGCAGAAAUAACUUUGAUCGAUCCAGAGCAAAAGGGGAAAAAGAAGAAAAAUAUUGUCUUUGUGGAGAUGAAUACGGAACAGCAUCCUUUUCAGAUUGUUAUUUAAACGAAAAAGAAUCAUCAUCGGGAUUUAAGGAAUUGCUACCAAAAUUUAAAAAUUAUUUCAAAAAUCGUAAAGAAAAGAAAAAGGAGAAAUUACGUUACCAACAAUUUCAAAAAAUGAAAGCUAAAUUACAAAAAAUUUACAUCGAUCAACAAAAGAAAGUAAAAGUAAAUAGACAAGAGGAAAAAAUUCUAAAUUCUUUAACCGAAGGAGAAAGAGAUGAACUCGGAGAAAUGAUUCGCGAGAUGAAAUUUCUUCUCGAUUCCGACGAGGAAACGGAGAAAUUGCUUUUAUCAGGAAAACGCCUGGGGACUUUUAUAAUUGACAUGAAAAAUCUUCAUGGAGAAAAAAUAGCUCGUUCCCAUGAAUCAAAUAAAAAAAUAAUGUCUAUAAAAAGUUGUGGUUCGAAGGAAAGGUCUUCUUUAUCGGACAAUAUGAUGAUUUUAUGCACUGAGGAAUCAAAUAAAAAUGCUGGAAAUGAGAAAACCAUAAGCAAUCCCAAUAAAAAAACUUUCAAAGAAGCGACUAGAAAUAGACAAUCGUUUUCCUCCGGGCAUUAUUUAGACAAUGAAGCUCAAGACUCUCUGAUAAAAAAAGAAAAUCCAGAUUCCGAAAAUUAUGAAUUGGCUGUAAAAAGCGAAUUUGUAAAAUGCUACGCAAUAUCAGAUUCCGAUCGGAAUUGUUCCUCUCCUUUUACUUGGGAAAUAAAUCGAAGAAAAAAAUGCCUCGAAUCAGAAAAAGAUUGGAGUUAUACAACAGCAGAAGAGACGGAAUUGUCAACGUUUCGAUCAGAAAUUCCGAAAUUUGUAAAUGCCCAUAAUUUAUCUCCAGAAUUUAACAAAAAUAAAAAGGAAAUUCAAUCAGACAUGGAAACCCCUAUCAAAAAUGCCACAAUAAACUUAAUGAAGUCAGUUUCCGCGAUUGAAUUAGGAUCAAAAAAAUCAAAAUUUGAGUCUAGAUUCAAACUUAAAAUGAAAAGAACCAGCAAUAAAUAUGCUGAACAAAACCGACAUUAUUCGGAUUAUUCAAAAAAUGAAGAAUCUUACAAAAAUAAAUCUUAUUCUGGAAGUUUUUACAUAAAUUCAUGUAGAACAAGUCUCAAUUCAAAUUCAUCCUGGAAUUUCACCCCGCGUUACAAUAAAAGAAAUUCUGAAAAAUCUCGUGAAAAUUUCUCCCUUUUUAAAAAUUCAAACCACGGAGAUACGGAAUCUCAUUUCGACUUAUGCGAGACUUACGACGAAUUAGGGUUGCUUUUUUCCCAUCAUAUGAAACAACAGGCUCGCCCCUGUUAUAGGAACUAUUGUCUUUUAAGAAGACAUUUAAAACGAAGAAUGCACGAUCAAAGGCAAUGUCGAAUCAAGAAAAAUUACUUCCAAGAUUAUCCGAACGGUCAGACCCCUUCUUGCACUAGUGGAAAUAUUUGUAGAGACACCUACGACGAAUUUAGUUUAAUGAAAGCGUCGCGACAAGGAAGACAAAAAAUCAGAAAAGCAGUUUACGAAAGAAGAAAGAAAUUUCUAGAUCAACCCUGCGUUUCUCCGGGAAGACAAAUAUUCCAAAUGUUUUCGGGCUAAGAUGUUUACUUGGAAUGAAAAA